GUGUGGUGAUGGUCGUAAGAAUAAUAGUUUGUGAAGCAGCACUUAAGAUAAUAUAAGUCAAUAACAUGUUGAUCGUUGUUUACAAAAAUACUGAGAGAGUGAAAGCAGUUGAAAUAGAUGUAGUUAUGUUAUGGACAUCUUAUCAAGAUAAUGACAACAGUUAAUUAGCGAAUGGUUGGAAGAUUGAUCUGAUAUAUGACACCAGCCUAUAAUCUAACCUUAAUUGGCUGUUUCACAUUGUCAGAUACACCAAUACUUCAAAACUCAUUCAGAUAUCUAAACUAGGACUGGAGUAUUACUGGUAACGUCAUUCAACAAUGGGAAACUUCGGUGGCCAUGCUCUACCUGGUUCAUUCUUCAUAGUGUUUGCCCUCUGGUGGUCGAUUCAAAUGUUUCAUCGCUAUUACACGGCUAAGAAAAGAAAUUCCAAAUUCACUUCAUCGGCUAUAUUUAAAUGUAGUUGUCUAUGUGGAAAGUUCAGGGACUGGCCAGUGGAGGCCUAUUUAAAACUUUUGUUUGUGUCAGUGGGAUUUUUUCUAGAAAUUUACACAGGGUUUUCCAAAGAAUGGCGCUUUGUGAAUAUAGGAAAUGGGCAACAUGCAACUAUGUUUUUCUUUUUUGGGUUUACGGGCAUUGUAGAUAUUCUAAUUUAUUACAAAUGUCCGGUCCCGCCAAAUAUGGAUUACAUUGCAGUAGCAAUGGCAGUGACUUGCGAGUUUGUACUUUUUAAAUUCCAUCUUCAUGGACGGACAGAUUUAGAUGUUCUUUUACAUACACUAUUAUUAUAUGUUAUAGUAGCAUCAAUCAUAUCUGUUUUACUAGAGAUGAAUUAUAGAAAUAGUUUACCAUGUGCUCUUUCACGCUCGUAUAUGACUCUUUUACAAGGAACUUGGUUUUGGCAAGUUGGAUGGAUACUUUAUCCACCAUUUGAAAGUUCGUUCCGUUGGAAUGAAGACGAUCAUGAGCAGAUGAUGAUCGCCACGAUGAUUUUUGCUUGGCACGCUGCAGUUGAUAUGCUGGCUAUUCUAGGAAUUGGCGGAAUUGUAGCAGUGUUUCAUCGUAAAUUUGGCACUUAUAUAGAAGAUGAUGGAAUAGCAAUGAAACGCCUUAUACACACUGCUAAUAAUGGAGACACUGUUGUAAGAUUAAAUGAUGACGACAGUGAAAGUGAUAUAGAAUUUGAAAAACCAACAAGGAGUCUACUGAAAUAGUGAUGAUAUUUAUUUUACAAUUUUCGUGUUGUUAUGUGUUAUAUAGGUUGUGUUAGAAUUGGAAAAAAUUCUGAGAGUGUUUAGUUUUAAAGCAAAUUUUGAUUGUUGUCGAGCUUGUUUGCUUCUUUUCUGCUUAAAUAUAUUUUAACUUUUCGCAUUGAAACUUGCCUUAAAAGCCACUUGUAUUAAGCAUUUAUCUUUGAAUAUAAUUAUAACAUAAAACCUGUUUCUCAAGGUGACAUGUACUUAAUGUUCAGAGUUUAAAGAAGCCACCUGCUAGAUAAAUUUUCACUUUGUAGAGCAGUUGUAGAGUAAUUUUAUACAUGCUGGUAAUGUUGUAUAUGUAUGUACAGGCCCUAUUAAGAACAAAUUUAUUUCUUGCCUAGAUGAUCAGUAUGACUUGUCAAUCAAUAACAAAUUACUGAUUAAAAGUAUCACAUAAUUAUGGUUGAUUGCUCAAGUUAGAACAUCAACUGUUUUGAUUUUUACUCUCCUAUACAUAUAUUUGUAUAAUGGACUUUUUGAAAGUUUUUGUCAUACAUUUAAUAAAUUUUAAUUAUGCGAUUAUUCAAAAUACAAUGUAACAGCAUAGAAUCUGGUUAUCAUGACGAAGUGCGGGCAGGCCUGGCUUUACUGGUGGCAUUAUGAGGUCAAGAGGUCGGAUGUUAAAAGUGGAAAAGUUGUUAAAAUGUUAAAUGGUAUAAAGAUAUAUCUAAUGAAAUAUUUUUAUAGAAUUCAUAAAUGGUAAAGUUAUGUUGUUUCUAUAACCUUAUGGUUGAUUGUCGAAAGAGUUGUAACCUAGAAUGUCUUGUGUUAUUUAAUACUCAUGAAUAUGACACGUAAACAGAAUAAAAUGUUCUGGAACAAAAUGUUAUGCUGCUAUUUGAAAUAGGUUAAGCAAUGAUUUCAUGCAAGCUCCAUUCUUUCUAAAGGAAACAUAAAAACAUACUCGUACUUCUUGCAUACAAAUAUUUUGGAAGUUUUGUUUUCUUAACUUAUAAAAUAAUUUUUUAAACUGCAGGCAGCAGAUAUAUAGCUUUAUACACUUUAAUAGUGUUAAUCAAUGUAUCUUUUGUUAUUCAAGAACUAAAAUUCUGUUGUUCUCAUGAAUGUUAUGAAGAAUAUUGUUUCCUGAAUGUUGAAGGUUGUAUAUGUAUGUUGUAAAUGUAUUUAGUCAGAUUUUUAUGCAGCAUUAUUAUUGCCAUGUAAAUAAGUGUAUUUAUAUAAUUUUAGU